AUGGAUGAAAUAGGCAGACUCUUAAUACUUUAUGGAAGUCAAACUUUCACUGCGCAAGAAUCUGCUGAACGAAUAUGGCGCACGAUGAAAAUAGUAGGCUUUAAAGGACCCGUUCUGCCAAUGGAUAAUUAUCCUAUAUCUCGACUCAUUCAUGAAAAAUUUGUACUUUUUGUGUGUGCUACAACAGGACAGGGAGAUGAACCAGACAAUAUGAAAAAAUUCUGGAGGUUUCUUCUGAGAAAGAACCUACCAUCAAAUUCUUUAUGUAAAGUAAAAUUUGGCGUUCUUGGCUUAGGAGAUUCUUCAUACACUAAAUUUAAUUUUGCGGCUAAAAAACUUCACAAAAGACUGCUCCAACUUGGAGCUGAACCACUGAUAGAAAUCGGAUUAUGUGACUAUCAACAUGACCUAGGUCAUGAUGCAGUUUUGGUUCCUUGGGUGAAAAACUUCUUAACUGCAAUGAAGUCUUAUUUUCCUAACUUACAAACUGAUAUAACUGAAUCUUCUUUUAUUCCAAAAUGGAAAGUCUCGUUACUAAAAAAUACUGAAUAUGUCAAUGGUACUACCCUUAGUGAUGACAUUUAUUAUGAAAAGGGACACACUAAUCAAUUUUUAGAUUCCAUAAAAUUUGAGUUAAAGGAAAAUAUAAGGACCACAGAGGAGUCACAUUUUCAGGAUGUUAGAUUAAUAAAAUUUAAAACUGUAGGUGACAAUAAUAUUGAUUAUCGACCAGGAGAUAUCUUUAACAUUAGGCCUCGAAACAGUAAGGAGGAUAUUGAAGACCUUUUUGAUAUAUUCCUGACUCACAAUUUGGACAUAAAACCAUACUACCGACUGCUAGUUGAAGCGCGCUUGCGCCGUGAGUAUUUGUAUAGGAAGUCUGCUGAAGAAAAACAAAAGAGUAUUCAGGCUAAAAAAGAUCAAUUGAAAAAAAGUUUGGAAGAAAACAUUCCAAUUCAUGGUGAUUUACGAAAAGAAGCGCUUGCUCUACAAAAAAGAAUCGAAUUUGAAGACAAAGGCCCUGAAAGAGCAGCUAUUAUUGGGGGCAUUAGUGGUGGAGCAAAUACACUAAACUCCCAAGAUGAUGAAUACAGGUUUGCGGGAGUUGAAGAUCCUAAGAUCAUGAUAACUACCUCCAGAGAACCUAGUGCAAGAUUGAAGAUGUUUGUAAAGGAGUUAAGAUUAAUAUUUCCGAACAGUCAAAGAAUGAAUAGGGGUGGCUAUGAAAUGUCACAAUUGAUACAUGCCUGCCGAGCUAAUGAUGUUACAGAUUUCAUUGUUGUUCAUGAACAUAGAGGUGUGCCGGACAGUUUGGUAAUAUGUCAUCUUCCAUAUGGACCCACAGCAUCUUUUACACUGUCAGGGGUAGUGAUGCGCCACGACAUACCAGAUAUAGGGCCAAUGAGUGAACAAUACCCACACCUCAUAUUCCACAACUUUAAAACAGAUCUCGGUUUAAGAGCUAUGAGCAUCUUGAAAUAUUUAUUCCCAGUACCAAAAGCAGACUCCAAAAGAGUAAUAACGUUUGCUAACAAUGAUGAUUACAUUUGUUUUAGACAACAUACAUAUAGAAAGGCCGGUAAAGAUAUAGAGCUAACCGAAGUUGGACCCAGAUUCCAAAUGAAGCUGUAUGAAAUCAAACUCGGUACAUUAGAAGCGUUGAAUGCAGCGGAGACUGAAUGGGCUCUCCGUCCGUACAUGAAUACAGCUGCAAAGAGAAGGUUCCUGAGCAACGAAGAUGGGUGGCAGGAAGAUGAA